ACUAUACAUGACAACCCAGAAAGCUAACCCUCAUUUUCUACCAGCAAUAUGCAAAAUGGUGACAAUGAUAAAUUUCACAGUAACAUUCCAAGGUUUGCAAGACCAGCUUUUGUCUGCAGUUGUUAUUCAUGAAAAACCAGAACUUGAACAACAGCGCUGUACAUUGCUGGAAAACAUAUCUGCUGACCUAGUUACACUUCGGGAACUUGAACAAAAAUCACUUCAUCUUCUACAAAAAACAGAUGGACAUAUUUUAGAUGACCAGGACCUCAUUAACAAUUUACAGAAAACAAAAAUCACCUCAACAGAGAUAUUUGAGCGCGUUGAAGCAUCAGCAAGAACAGAAGAUAUAAUAGAAAAAAUGCGUAAAAACUAUCUUCCUAUUGCAACUCGAGGUGCUGUGCUGUACUUUAUGGUGUCAGAUCUUGUCCACAUAAACCAUAUGUAUCAGUUUUCAUUGGUGUGGUUCCGUAAGAUCUUUGUAGAUUCCAUGGAUUAUAUUAGCAAACUAAAAAGUCAUAUUUCUCUGAGUGAAUCACAUAUUCCUAUAACUGGAACUGUUCGAGCUCUCAGUAGGCAAAGAAGACAUUCCGCCUUAGAAGAUUGGGAAGGAUGUGAGAUGGAUAACUUCAACAGACUUGUUAAUAAUAUACUUGACAAGUUAACAAGUAAUGUUUAUAAGACAGUUUCUUCAGCUCUUUUUAGUGAACAUCAACUAUGCUUUUCUUUCUUGCUGUGUGCCGCAAUCGUGAAAACUAAUUGUGGUGAAAAUCAAUUUACUAACAAUUUUGGAUUUAUACCGGAGAAUCAGUGGAACUUCUUUCUGUAUUCUAGCAUGAUGGCAAAUUUUAAGGACCCACAAGACUCUGAGAGUAAUGGUUCAGGGAUCUACCCAGAGGGAUUGAAAAAGGCUGUGGUUAUACUGCUGUUGAAGAAACCAGCUUUGGAUCCUAUGGAUCCUUCUAAUUCCCACCCAGUACUGAAACUUUCAUUUCUGGGGUUGCAGUUUGGUGUUCCAAAAGAUCAGGAUGGUGUACCUUUAAUUUUUCCUUGGGAGAAUCUUUCUUCAUUUGAAAGACUUAUCUUGAUAAAAGUUCUUCGACCAGAAUGCUUAAGCAGUGCACUACGAGAAUUUGUAUUUGAGAAACUUGGAUCCAAGUAUCUUCAGGCUGGAGGCAUUAAUCUGAAAGAAAUGUAUGAAGAAUCUGACUGUACAACUCCUCUAAUUCUUAUCCAUACUCAAGGAGUGGAUGCUGCAGCUCUCCUCUUACGCCUUGCUCAGGAAAUAAAAGGAAACACUCAACAUGUUAAAAUGAUAUCGUUGGGACGUGGUCAAGAAAGCAAAGCUGAAGAAUUGAUAUAUAAAGCACAGAUACUUAGUGGACAGUGGGCAUUCCUUCAGAACUGUCAUCUUGCAGCAUCAUUUAUGCCUAGGCUUUGCACAAUUGUUGAUUCGUUUACCCAAGCAAAUACAAACAUAAGCCCUCAGUUUAGAUUAUGCUUAAGUUCAACACCAGACCCUUCUUUUCCUGAGCCUAUCUUACGUAAAGGCAUUAAGAUAGUAAUUGAAUCCCCACAAGGACUGAAGGGGAAAUUACUUCAAACAUUUGGGAUAAGUGGUACUGGAGAGGUAACAGAAGUUAUAUUCAACAAGUCUACCUGUGGGCCAUCAUGGAAAAAGCUAUUGUUCAGUCUGUGUUUUUUCAAUGCUGUCAUCCAUGAAAGAAAGAAAUAUGGAGCUUUGGGCUGGAAUAUUCCAUAUGAGUUUAGUUUUUCAGAUCUGGAGGUUUCUAUCCAGAUGCUAGAGAUACUUCUUGACAAGCAAGAGGAUGUUCCUUGGGCAGCACUCUAUUAUUUAACUGGAGAAGUAGUAUAUGGAGGCCGUAUAACUGAUGAGUGGGACCGUCGAUGCUUGCUUAGCAUUCUGCAAAAUUUUUGUAAUCCGUCUUUGUUGGAAGAGAAUUUUGCUUAUACUAGAGACUGUGUAUAUCGGCCUAUCUCUGAAGCUGAUACUUUAAAAGAUUGUAGAGCAUAUCUACAAACUCUCCCAGAGGCUGAUUCUGCAGAACUGUUUGGAAUGCAUCCAUGUGCUGAACAGGCAUUCUUAAAAUCUCAGGCACAGAUGUUUGUUGACACAAUUGCCAGUACACAGUCGAAGAGCCUAACAGAUGCCUUCAUAAUCAGUGGUGGAAAGACGCAGGAUGAAAUAGUAUUGGACAUGGCAUCUGAUAUUCUAACACGAUUACCACUGACUGUAGAGGAUAUAGGACAGGCAACUAAAACUGAAAGUGCAACAACUCUUGAUAGCUUUAUGUCAGGCCCCAUUUGGACUGCUCUUGUGAAUGCUGCUAAAGGUCCUGGUUCUUAUAUCAGUACCCCUUUGAUAACUGUGUUGCACCAGGAGAUUGACCAGUUUAAUCAUUUAUUAUCCUUGAUAAUUCAGUCGUUACAUGCACUUCAACAAGGUACAAAAGGCAAGAUUAUGUUCACCACAGACCUAGAACAGCUUUAUAACUCACUAUUGAAAGGCAAAGUGCCAGACCUAUGGCAGCAACAUUCUUAUGUGUCAUGUAAACCUCUGGGAUCCUGGACUGAUGAUCUCAUUCUGCGACUGAACUUCUUUGCUAUGUGGGCAAAUCAAGUAAUCACCUGUAUGCAGGCAAGACAUAACUAUUUAGUGAAACUUCAGAGGCAAACCAGAACACUGCUUCAGCCUGAUGAGGAUCCUGACUUUUUUGGUGAUAGCAAUCAGGGACACCCCAGUCAUUUUUGGCUUCCAGGUUUCUUUUUCCCACAAGGAUUUCUUACUGCUGUUCUUCAGAAUUAUGCUAGGUUGAAUAAAGUAUCAGUAGAUUCCCUUACUUUUGUACAUAAAGUUCUUACAUUUACUCAGAAUAAAGAACAAGAUCUUAGAAGUGUCAAGAGAAACGAAUAUAUAUUAAACAAAGCUUUUCAGUAUGGGGAGAAUAAUACUGGCUAUAAGUACAGGCUAAGUGUAAACAUUACUGAGAGUAUAUGUGAGGAAUCUUCUGCACCAAAAACUGGUGUUAUAAUUUUUGGAUUAUACAUAGAUGGUGCAUGCUGGAGUCCCACUAAGGAAGCGUUGGAAGAUCCUGACCUGCACACAAGAUUUUACCCACUACCAGACAUACUUUUUUUACCACAACAGGUUGCACCCCAUCCGAGUUCCUGUUACCUAGAGGAAGAAACAGAGUUUCUUCUUUAUGAAUGUCCAUUAUACCGGACACCUCACAGAUCUGGAAUACUGUCCACUACAGGCAUAUCAUCUAAUUUUAUAACCUCAAUCAAUCUACCAAUUCUGCUAACUCCCAGCCACUGGAUAACAAGAGGUGUAGCACUGCUGUGUCAAUUAGAUGACUGAGGAAUGUUAAUUUAAAAAAAAGA